ACCCUUCUAUCUUGCCGUACCAAGAAGCGCUUUUAGAGAAGAAACAUGGCGGCCGCUGCGCUCGUUAGACGUCCUGCGAGUGUCCUUCCCAGGUUUUCAAGUUCCUGCUCCCCUGUGGUGCUAUCAGCCGUCCCUGUGACAGUCCAGCAGAGAACGGUCCACCAUGCUGUCAUCCCCAGAGGGAAAGGGGGGCGCUCCUCCUCCAGUGGGGUAGCAGCCACUGUCUUCGGAGCCACCGGCUUCCUGGGAAGAUAUGUUGUCAACCGCCUGGGUCGUAUGGGUUCUCAGAUUGUGAUUCCUCACCGGUGUGACCAGUAUGACCUCAUGUAUCUCAGGCCCAUGGGGGAUCUAGGACAGAUCAUCUUUAUGGAGUGGGAUGCCAGGAACAAGGAUUCUAUCAGAAAAGCAUUGGCUCACUCCAAUGUGGUCAUCAACCUGGUGGGACGAGAGUGGGAAACCAAGAACUAUCCCUUUGAGGACACCUACGUGAGCAUCCCUCAGCAGAUUGCCAAAGCCACCCGGGAGGCAGGCAUCACAAAGCUGAUCCAUAUAUCUCACCUCAACGCUGACAUCCGCAGCCCCUCCAAAUACCUUAGGAAUAAGGCAGUAGGUGAGACGGCUGUGAGAGAUGAAUUUCCUGAUGCCAUCAUCAUGAAGCCUGCUGAGAUGUUUGGAAGGGAGGACAGAUUCUUCAACCAUUUUGCCAACAUGCGCUGGUUUGGGAAAGCUGUGCCUCUCAUCUCCAUGGGGAAGAAGACGGUGAAGCAGCCUGUUCAUGUGGUGGAUGUGGCCAAGGCUAUCAUCAACGCCAUCAAGGACCCUGAUGCCAAUGGCAAGACAUAUGCACUAGUUGGACCAAACCGUUAUCUCCUUCAUGACCUGGUGGAGUACGUGUAUGCUGUGGCACACAGGCCCUUUGUGCCCUACCCUCUCCCACGCCCUCUCUAUCAUCUUGUUGCACGUGUCUUUGCAAUGAACCCAUUCGAGCCUUGGACAACUCCUGACAAAGUAGAUCGAUUCCAUACCACAGAUAUGAAGUAUCCAGGGCUUCCUGGCUUGGAGGACCUAGGCAUUAUCCCUGCCUCCAUAGAGCAGAAGGCUAUCGAGGUCCUGCGUCGCCAUCGCCGCUUCCGCUUCUUGGAGGCUGAGUUGGCCGAUACCAAGCCAGCCAAGACAGUCAACUAUUGAGUAGCCCGUCUUGUCUGACUGCCCAACACCACCACCAAAGCCACAGGCUGAUCCUCCUAUACAACUGUGCUGUCUUCUUUUACAAAUACUCUGUACAUAAAUAAAUAACAGAUGAUCGUCUAAAACUA